GGAACCGGGACACAAACGCCUGCGCAGAGUGCAGCUCGUGGCGCGCGGGAAGCCGCUACCGGCGCUUAACCGUUCCUCGCCUCCUGGACGUCGGCUUCUCAGGCGGAGCCUCUGGGAGGAAGAGGAGAACAGGAGAGAACCUCUUCUGUCCCGGGACCGCAGCCGGGGCGGGACCCGGGACCGAGUCGCCUUGGCGGGGCUGACCGAGACCGAGCAGUCCCUGGAUCCUUGAGGAGGUGGCACUCUGGAAAAGGCCUCUGUCAGCAGAACCAGAGAUGGCAUCAGUAGAUUUCAAGACCUAUGUGGACCAGGCCUGCAGAGCUGCAGAGGAAUUUGUCAACGUCUACUACACUACUAUGGAUAAGCGGCGGCGACUGCUAUCCCGCCUCUACAUGGGCACAGCCACUUUAGUAUGGAAUGGAAAUGCUGUUUCAGGACAAGAAUCCUUGAGUGAGUUUUUUGAGAUGUUGCCUUCCAGUGAGUUCCAAAUCAACGUGGUAGACUGCCAACCUGUCCAUGAUGAUGCUACACCAAGCCAGACCACAGUCCUUGUGGUCAUCUGUGGAACAGUGAAGUUUGAGGGCAACAAACAGCGGGACUUCAACCAGAACUUCAUCUUGACUGCUCAGGCGUCACCCAAUAACACAGUGUGGAAGAUAGCAAGUGACUGCUUCCGGUUCCAGGACUGGGCCAGCAGCUAGUGGGGGUGACAAAGGCUUCUUGGCUUUAGCCCAGCUCUGCAGAGAAAUGCCAGUCUCAAAUCUCAGGAUGUGGAGAACACAAGUUCAUUUUUGUUAUAGCAGCACUGCAAACUGGAUGUUUGACUCCUAGACACCCCCCGUUCCUGGUUAUAUACUGGUUUGUCAUAGUUGCCUUUUAAAAGUAGUAAACUUUCUAUUUUUCUACUUACUCAGUAGACACCCUGUUUCUGGAAAUUGACAAAUAAAUAUGUUGCUUCUCUGCCUAAUAA